AUGAGGGACACGCACCUCAUCCUGCUGCCAUUCCCGUCGUCCGACGUGGUGGCGCUGCUGCUCGAUUGGGAAUCCACCGACUACAAGAUCUUUCAAGAAUAUUCUCACGACGUAUUAAAUUUAGACGAAAUAAUUGUGGACACAUUCAAGAGUUUGGAGGUGAAGUCAUGGGCCCCACAUGUGGCGAUGCUGGAGGCGGUGAGGUCGGGCGCCCCGAUGUUGUUGUGGCCGCUGUACACGGAGCAUAAGCUGAACCGGGCGGUGUUGGUGGAGGAGGUCCCGCUGAGAAUGGAGAUGGCAGAGGAUGGGUUAAUUUGUGGCGGUGUAGGAGGUGGAGCGGCGGUUGAGGGAGCUGAUGGAGGAGGCGGAGGAGGUGAGGAGGGUGGUGGAGCAGAGCUUGGAGGCAGCGCUAGCCAUGGCAGAAGGAGGUUCCUCUAUUGUUGA